AUGCUUGACAAAUCACAAACAACUUGCACGAGGAUUUUGUUGUUUUUUUUUUCCUUUUAUUUUUGCUCUCUUUUUUCUUUUCUUUCUUUUGUUAUGCAUCCUGACAGAAGGAGCAACAACAACUGUGAGUCAAUGGCAUUUAACUUCAUUCUGCUGCCACUGCAGCUGAGGAAGUCCCUUGAAUGCUUGGCUAAUAGUCCUGACCACUGGCAGAAGUCUGUGUGCUCACAUAAUGAACCAGACGAAAAAGCGUCUAAAGACUUAUCACAAAAACGUGGGGAAGAGACAGCAGAGUUAACGGUUUCGUUGGAUUCAGAUACUUUGGAUACUAAAGAUAAUAACCUAAGGGAUAUAUCGAUUUCAUCGGGAAACUCAAUGAAAAAAAUUGGUCCAAAGAAAGCAGACGUACAAUCCUUAAAGAGUUCAAUCAGUAAAGUCAGCAAAGCCAGUAAGGCAAGUAAAGGAAGUAAAUAUUCCGCAUUGUCAAGAAAAAAGGAAAAAGUAAAAAAAAUGCGCCCAAAAAGUGACUCCGUCUCGCGACAAAGCUUGAGGAUGAGCUUGUCGAAGAUAAAUAAGAGAUACAGCGAUGCCAGUAUCUAUUCAAGAACUUCGAGCAUUAAUCGAUCGAGCAGCUUAAUGAGAUCAUCACGUGUUUCCCGCCUAUCUGUAACAUUAUCUCAGGAAUCAAAGAUAGACGACUUAGCUAUGGGAUUGCGAAAAGCCAAGAAAUCCUUAGGUACUAAAAGACAUGUAGAAAAAAUGAUAAAAGUGGAUGACAUAUUUCACUCGGAUGAUAUAUCAGAGACUUCACAAGUAGGCGAAAUGGAGGAUGAGGGGGAAGCGCAAAUAAAUGUACGCUACAAGAUGUUGGAGCUCCUUAGGCAAUUACCAGAUAUUAAUGAUUUAUCCGCAACAAGUUUGCUUUCGCCCACAAAACAAAAGAGAAUAAAAAUAGAAAAUGCAGAUGAGAAUGAAGAUCUGGGAAUAUUUGUUGCCCCCAUGAGUCAAUUUGAUGAAGUUCCUGAGACACAGACAGUCGAACUUCAAGGUAUGGAGGAAGAAGAUCAUUCGUCUUCUGCAGAAACAAGUUCUUGCAGCAGAUCUAUUACACUUGGAAGUGAUGAUACACUCUUAAAUUUGCCAAGUUAUCCUUCACUUGAAGUCGAACUCUUCACAUUGCAACCGCUCGAUGAAAGAAUUCAAUCAUUUUCCAAGGAUAUAGUUGAAAAAAUGACGGAAGUUGAGAUUCGAAACAGUCUGGUGGAUUUCUUAGGUACCGAGGAUCGGGAACAGCGAAAAUUAGUUAACGCUAUUUGCGUACAAUUUGUUGAUGAUGUGAUCGGCCGUGUUGUUAGUAAAUGUGAAGAGGAGUCUGUGAGAUUGUUGCGAUUACUUGAUAAAGAGAAAUUGUGGAACACUUUGAGAUCGUUAUUGGAUCAACUGAAUGAUGAGUCUUUAAUUCGCAAUAAGCUCGAAAGAAUGACAACCGAACAUUUUAUGCGAAAAAAAAGAUUCGUUUUUAUCAAAACACCAAAGAAUUUCGAUGAUAUCAACUAUCAGCGAUAUAAGAGUGCCUUAAUUGAUUAUGACAGGCAACUCGAGAUCGAGGAAAAGACAAAUAAUAUGAUUCAAGGACGUAUGGCAGAUUUGCGUAAAGAGUUUCAGGAUCAACAGAUUUACAGAGAAGAGAAACUAAAAGAGUUUGAGCAAACUGUAAGACAGACUUUACUCCAAAAUGAUAGUUUCUGUCAUCUGGAAAAUAUGGUAGAUAAUGCUCUAACAAAUAUGUCUGCGAUUCAUAAUGAAGUCUCCGAUAUGCGACUAGAAUUGAUUUAUGCUCAACAUCGAUAUGCCGAUAUGAUCAAUAAAUCGGAGGCGUUGGAGGAACUGGGUUUCGGUCUAAAAAUGCGAGAAUAUCUCACACGGCAGGAAGAUGCUGAAUUGCUUUCCUUAAAAAUUGAAGAACGCAAUGAUGAACUCAAUCGUCUUCACAUGAAAAUCAAUUAUGAUGUCCAUGCUUUGGCCCAUCUAAAGUGCAAGGAGGAAAUGUGUCGCAGGACACACAAUCGCAUGAAGGUCAAGCUGCUCAGCUGCAUGGAAUGGAAGACCCACUUUCGACAGCAGAUCUAUCAGGCAAAGCUUAAGCAUAAUGCUAUCAUUAGGGAGAUAUACAAAAUGAAAACCGAUGGCAGUCUACUUCAUUAUCCUCCCCUCCUCUUGGACUUUGACAAAACAGUAGACGAAGUGCGAUCAAAGCAGAAAUCAGUUGAAAAACUUCGAAAUAACUAUAAAAACCUGAUCAAUCGUAUAAAAGUGGCCGAGGAGAUGUUAAUGCCGAGAAAAAAAGGUUCCAUAUCGCCGAAGGCAUCAAGAGACUUAUCAAUCAUCGAUGCAGAAGUUAUAGUCACUCCUUUAACACUUUCAUAAAUAAUAAGAAAGAUUUGUUGCUUUAAACAA